UGAUAGAUGUUACUUUCAUGUUCAACAAGGAGAAUAAGGACAGGCCCAGCAACUAUAAGCAAGGCAAUUUAACUGCAGUGAUGGGGACUGUGAUACUGGACAGGAUUUCCCAUCAUCUGGAGAAAAAUGGAGUAAAGAAGGCAGCCAGCACACAAUUGUUUGGCACAAAUGGUGCCUCACCAUUUUGAUGGAACUUAUUGAUAAAAUAACAUAGAGCUCAUGAGGAGAAUUGGAACUCACUGCAAUGAGCAAAUCAGAAUAUGCAAGCAUUAAGGAAGAAACACCUAAAGAUGAAGAUAUAUCAUCAGAAAUCAUGAAAAGGCGAUUCGUGCCAAAUCUUUUCAAAGGCAUGUCCUGGGAGAGCUUUCAAUUUGCUGGAUGUGAAAUCAAAAUUACAGAGACCACUGACUGUUAUGGUGCACAUGUGUGGCCUUCGGCCAUGGUAUUGUGCUAUUACCUGGAACACUGCCAACAAGAGAUAAUUGAUAAAAAUGUAAUUGAAAUAGGAUCAGGAACGGGACUGGUGUCAAUUGUUGCUUCUAUACUUGGCUCCAAUGUGACUGCAACAGAUCUGCCUCAUUUACUGGGCAACUUACAAUACAAUAUAUCUCAAAAUACAAAAUCAAGAAGCAAAUAUCUGCCGCAGGUCAGAGAACUGAAAUGGGGAAUAGAUUUGGAGAAAGGCUUCCCCAGAAGUACAUGUCAUUAUGAUUAUUUAUUGGCAGCUGAUGUUGUAUACAGUCACCCAUACUUGAAUGAACUUUUAAUGACUUUUGAUCAUUUAUGUCAGGAUGACACCACAAUUUUAUGGACAAUGAAAUUUAGGCUUGAUAAGGACAACACCUUUGUGCAAAGAUUUCAACAUAUAUUUGACACAGUAAUUAUAUAUGAUCUCCCAAGUUUACAGAUAAAACUGUAUAAAGCAACACGAAAAAAAACAAGGAUUGGAAUAGAAACAUGAGAUCUAACUGCUCAUACCUCCAAAGCAAUAAUUAUCCUUACAGUGUAUGGUUAAAUUUAACUCCCUGAAAUCAAACUUACAAAAUGAUACGUGAUUUGCUUCCAGCAAAGUUUGUACAGUUAGCGUUGCCAAGUGUUUCCAGCUAAGAAGCCUUCUAGGGUAAGUGUAGCUGUGAGAAAAUAUAUCGACAGGCCUAAUAUUUAAAAUCUCUCUGUAGAUAAGUUUUUUGACAUUUACAGAUUAAUUUGGGGUCUGAGCAUGCCUCCUGAUAUGUCUCUUGAAUGGCUCACAAUCGCAAAGUGUCUGUAUCUAUUAUAUUGCAUUGGACUAACAUUCAUUCCUCAAGCAGGCAAACAGCAGUCCUGUAAUGCUGAUGUACUUUGUUCCAGUUUAUACAAAAAGUAAAUGUCAACCACUCUCAACAUUUCCUCUGAAAUUAACCACUCUGCACUCUAUAUUUCCUUUUAGACCUUUUCUUAAUUUCAUGUCUCUAUUGUUUAUGAAAAUAAUCUUUUACAAACAUGAAGAAAAAUAAUUCUGAAUAAAACGUUACUAUUUUUUUGCAAUUUUUAAUUGCAAAUAGUCUUCCUGUAGCAUGUUAACACCUAAUUAAUUUUUCUAGAGAUCAAUAUUUAAAUAGGAUAAUCAAUUGGUAAAAAAAAAUAUAUAUAUAGGCAUCCGUUAGUCUCAUGAGACCAUGGAUUUGCACCUUGGAAGGUUUCCAGGGCAAGGUUGUAUGGAAGACCGGCAGUUGCCCAUGCUGCAAGUCUCCCCUCUCCACGCCACCAAUGUUGUCCAAGGGAAGGGUAUUAGGACCCAUACAGCUUGGCACCAGUGUUGUCGCAGAGCAACGUGUGGUUAAGUGCCUUGCUCAAGGACUCACACCCUGCCUCAGCCAAGGCUCGAACUAGCAACCUUCAAAUCACUAGACGAACACCUUAACCACUUGGCCACACGCCAACACUGGUAAAAAUAGCUUCAUAAUUAAUCAGUCAAACAUGCCUGCCAUGUGCAGCCUGAGUGAAUGAAUAGUACAGGGUUUGAGUAUCUUCUACUGGAGAGAAGAUUCAGCAUCUUCUACAGAAAGGUUACAACAGCAGCAUACAUUUUCAUUUAAUGAUGACGCAAUUAUUUCCAAAAUAAAGUUGUUACCUAUUGAAUUAUAGACAUAUAUGCAAUAUAAUGUUUAAAGCAUAUUUAAUUA